AUGGUCCCACCGCUGCCAUCACUGCCGCUGCCGCCGCCACCGCGGGCACUCGCCCUGCUCCUCGCCCUGCUCUGUGCCAGCCCAGGGCUGGGGGCUCCGGGGCACUGUGGGGUCCAGCCCCACGCCUGGUGCCAGAGCUGGGAGACGGCACUGCGCUGCGGGGCCCUGGGGCACUGCGCCCGCAGCGGCUGGGCCCCCAGUGCCAAGGAGGACAUGUGCGCCGACUGCCAGGAGAUCGUCUCGCUCCUCACCCGCAUGGCCAAUGAGUCAACUGCCAAGGUGGCCGUGGAGGGCUUCCUGCAGCGGGAGUGCACAGCGCUGCCUGUGCCCACCAUGGUGCCCCCCUGCCAACGCCUGGUGCACGAGUACUUCAGCCUCUUCACCGCCUCCCUCGAGGGGCACCUCAAACCUGCUGCCAUCUGCGCCCAGCUGGACCUGUGCCCAAGCGUGCCUGGGGCCACUGCAGAGCCUGUCGUGCUGCCAUGGGAUGGGGGACUCAGCGUCCACCUGCAGGGCGCCCCCGGCGAGGACCUGCCCGUGCCACUGCCACUCUGCUGGCUGUGCCGCACCUUUGUGGCCCGCGCCGAAGCCACCGUCCCCAAGGAGACGCUGGCGACGGCAGUGGCACGGCUGUGCCGGGUGCUGCCGGCGGCGGCAGCAGGCGCCUGCCAGUGCCUGGCCGAACGCUACACCAUCACCCUCCUCGACGCACUGCUGGGCAAGGUGGGGCCCCGGCUGCUCUGUAGCACGCUCUUCUCCUGCCGCGCUGAGGACGGCUACGUCCCGGCGGCACCUGCCGGCACCCGAGCGCCCGCUGCGGCUCGCAGGGGCCGCCACCGGGACGGCCCUGCCCCGUGCUGGGAGCUUGGCCUGUGCCAGGCGCCCCCAGAGCCGGCCCCGCGCCCGGGACCCUGCACCCUGGGCCCGGCUUACUGGUGCUCGAGCGCCGAAGCCGCCCAGCGCUGCCAGGCCGUGCAGCACUGCCGGGCCCACGUCUGGGUGUGA